AUGCAGUUCUCUAGGAGCCAUAGCCCAUCAUUGUUAGCCUUGCUUUUAAUUUGUCUAUCAAUCCUAGGCAAUCUUUUUACCUCUGCAGAAGCAGAUUUGAUCGACCCUCGUUCCGGCAGUGCAGAUCUUAAAGGUCUUGGCCAAAUUGCUAUAGACUUAUCUACAAACAGCGCCAAAUCAACCAAAGCCCUGGUUGAUUCCCUGAAGCAAAACGCUAGCGACGCCAGAUUGAAGGGAAUAUACGAUUCUUGCUUGGAAAACUAUGGUGACUCCAUCGAUGAUCUUGCCGAUGCUACGACAAAAUUGGGUUCUGGUGAUUAUCAAGGCGUGGCUCUUACAGCAUCGGCUGCAUUGGAUGGCCCUGAUACUUGUGAUGACAAUUUCACGGAUGCAAAACUAACAGAACCACCAAACCUUGCCGAGGCUAGUCAGAACGUGCAAACUCUAAUUGAAGUUGUUUUGGUUAUUGCAAAUCGUUUGCAAGGAAAUAGAUGA